GAUGCUAGUGCAUUGAAGGAGCAAAGGGAACGUUGGCAGGGUUUCUUUUCGCUUUCUUUUUGUUGUUGUUGUUGUUUUCUUCAUAUUUUCUGCACACAACAGACACCUCAAGAUGGUGUCCUCACAUUCUUUACCCGAAGGAUUCAAUGACCUGGACGUGUUUGGAUUAGGGACAGCACUGCUUGUGGAGGGACUCAUUGGCUUCAUCUUCAAUGGCCUGACAUUGCUGUCAUUCUAUAAAGUAAAAGAAUUACGGACUCCAAGCAAUUUUUUCGUGUUCUCCCUUGCUGCGUCCGACAUUGGGAUUUGUAUGAACGCAUUCAUUGCUGCAUUCUCCAGCUUUUUGAGAUACUGGCCUUACGGAUCCGAAGGCUGUCAAAUUCAUGGCUUCCAUGGUUUCCUAACGGCACUCUCCAGCAUCAGCACCUGUGCUGUGAUCGCCUGGGACAGAUACCACCAUUACUGCACAAGAACAAAACUUCAGUGGAGUACUGCCAUAACAGUAAUGGUUAUUGUGUGGGGUUGUUCUGCAUUUUGGUCUGCUAUGCCCUUAGUAGGAUGGGGUGAAUACGAUUAUGAACCAUUAAGGACCUGCUGCACACUGGACUAUACAAAGAGAGACCGGAAUUUUGUCUCCUAUGUGCUUCCAAUGGCAUUCUUCAAUUUUGUGGUUCCAGUGUUACUUAUCCUCUCAUCCUACCAGUCAGUGUACCAGAAGUUUAAGAAAACUGGGCAGAUGAAGUUCAAUACAGGUCUUCCAUUGAAAUCUCUCGUGUUUUGCUGGGGUCCUUACUCCAUCAUGUGUCUUUAUGCAGUCUUUGAAGAUAUCACAGUGUUCUCCCCUAAACUGAGAAUGAUUCCAGCUAUCUUGGCUAAAACAUCACCAAUGUUAAAUGCCUUUAUGUAUGCCCUUGGAAAUGAGAAUUACAGAGGAGGAAUUUGGCAGUUUUUAACUGGACAGAAGAUUGAAGUAGUACAACCUGAUAACAAAUCCAAAUAAAUGAUAUUCUUCCAUUAUUUUUACACUGUUUUGUCACGUCCUAGCCCACACUCUUAACCUCAUCAUAUUGUAUGUUUAAAUUUAGAUUACUGUAAAAUAUUUGUGUAACUGGACAUUUUAGUUUGUUCCACAUUGGAAAACCAUACGUCACAUAUGAAGCUAAAAUAAAGAUGAACAAAUCUGAGGAAUCUGAAUAAACUAACUAUCUGUAACAUCUUCAUAAUUUUUCUAUAAUUCAGAAUAUUCAGUCAUAUCCUAUCAAAUCAAUUCAAUAAUAUCCUUAUCUUAAUGUCUGAAGAUCACAAUGUUAACAUGUGUGCUUUCUUCCUUGAUUUAUAUAUUUAGGCAUAAAAAUAUAAAUGUUCUUAGAGUAAAGCUCCUCCUCCCCCAACUCUUCACUCAUAUCAGUGUUUUAAAGAUUUAAAAAUAUUCCUCUGUAUAGUGAAUAUGCAUAGAAUAUAUGUAAUUAAUUUACACUUGUGUAAUGAAAUAAUAGAAUUUAUACUUACAUUUGAUUGCUACAAUAACAUUCACAACCUAUGUGGACAUUGUGUACUUUUUAGUUAGAAACUUGCUAUUUUUUUCAGAGUGUUUUUGAACCAAAGCAACCUGGAGCAUUCAUGAUUGUGACCAGGACUGUGACUCUAAACACUGUGAAGCAUGGUUACUUGAUACAGUGUGCCUUUUAAUACUGAAAUGUUUAGUUUGGUCACUUCAUUGCUGACUGCCUAAAUGUCUUUAUCUAUUAUCAGACUUUUGUGGUUUUACAUCUUCUUUUUGGUAAUUUUGACCUAUUAUCUUGCAGGUUUAAGAAAUUCCUAGCAUGCAUUCUGUUGCAAUAGCACAUAUCACACCUUUCUUUCUGCUGUACUAGUUUGUAAAAAACUUCAAAUAAGAAAUUGAUCUUCUUGGUGUAUUAAACUCUGCUGAAGCAAGAAACACAUUUUGA